AUGGUUCGUCGAAUUAGACGAGCCAUCAAGGCCCGUCACAUCGAGGGUGACGAGAUGCAAGCCACCUUCUACCUGUCAAAUUUGACGGGACGAGCAAAGACUUGGGCCUUAGGGCUCAAGCUUCACGAGCCAAACGUGUUUGAGUUGUUUAAGACCUUGAAGUACCGCCUUAUAGAAACGUUUGAGCCGCCGAAAGCCGAGUUCAGAGAACGCUCUGCACUCUUGACGCUCAAGCAAAGUAAGCGUGAUGUGCAUGCUUACGCCGAAUACCUACGCUACCUUGCGAGUAGCGUCACGGAAAGCCCUGUUGAUGAGCACACACUUAUCAACGUGUUCAUCUACGACCUUGUAGAUGGGCCGGUGAAGACCUGCAUGUUCCGAGAGGACUUCCAUACGCUGGAAUAG